AUGUUUCGAAGUCGUUACAUCUCUUUUAACCCUCGUAAAAGUUAUAUAAGACGACGAUGUUAUGCAUUUAAUACAUCUUCAUAUAAUAUACUAAAUAACUAUAAUGGUAUAGCAGGAAAGGAAAAUUUGGACGGUGGUAUGUUAAAUGAAGAGAAUUUGGACGACGAUAUUUUUUGUGAAGAGAAUUCUGAUGAUUAUAUGUUGAGUGAAGAAAAUUUGGACGAUGAUAUGUUGUGUGAAGAAAAUUUGGACGAUGAUAUAUUGAGUAAUGAGAGUUCCGAUAAAGAUGUGUUGAGUGAAGAAAAUUGGGACAAUGAUAUGUCGAUUGAAGAGAAUUCUGAAGAAAGUUUUGAUAUUGGUGUAUUAAAUGAAGUUGAUGAUAUAUCGAGAGAAAGUGAUAGUGUGUUUGACGAAGAUAGUUCUGACAGAGAAAUUGUCAAUAAACCAUUAAAUGCUGAAAAAAUAUGGAGAAUUUGCUCCAUACUUCAAAAACAUUACAGAGGCAUUAAUGUUUUGUUGGAUUGA